AGUCACCAACAUUUCUACUUCUCCUGAGACUAAAACCGAAAGAGAGAGACAGAAAAUGGCGAGGGGAAGCGAAAGUGUGGGUGAGGGCGUACCGAAAGAGAUGAGCGAAGCACUGAGGCGCACGGUAGCCAGCCUGGAGAAUCUGGAAGCAGAGCUGCCGAAUAUUCUGUCUCUCUCAAACCCUUUCAUCCUCUCUAAAAUGCCUCCUCUUCAACGCGCUCACUCUCUCUUAACCCUUGCCAACAUCACUUCCACCCUUUUCUCAUUGAAGUUGAGAUGCAAAGGGACUAAUCCAGAUUAUCAUCCCCUCAAAUCUGAACUUGACAGGUUAAAAGUUUACCAACGCAAACUGGAACCCUUUGGGGAUGUAGGUCAAG